UGUUGUUGUUGUUGUUGUUCAGUUCUGUUGCUAGGAGGCCACCAUUUGUCACGUGAUCAAGAUUCGGAAUAUUUCGACCGGUAAGCUUCCUUUUCCGGUUAACAUCAAAACAUGGCGGACUCCAAGGACAAAGAUAAGGAUAAGAAUCCAAUGCGAGAGUUGCGCAUUGUAAAGCUCUGUCUCAAUAUUUGUGUAGGCGAGUCAGGUGACAGAUUGACGCGUGCUGCAAAAGUACUUGAACAGCUUACUGGGCAGACACCAGUCUUCUCAAAAGGUGUUCAUUUGUAUCAUGCCUUUUUUCAGGUACGUGAAUACGAAUUGAGAAAGAACAAUUUCUCAGAAUCUGGCAACUUUGGAUUUGGUAUACAGGAACAUAUUGAUUUGGGAAUCAAGUACGACCCAGGGAUUGGAAUCUAUGGAAUGGACUUCUAUGUGGUUCUAGGACGCCCAGGAUUUAAUAUUUCACAAAGAAGAAAAAGACACAGUCGAGUGGGCAUUAAGCACAGAGUGACGAAAGAACAGUCAAUGAAAUGGUUCCAACAGAAGUAUGAUGGUAUCAUUCUUCCAGGAAAAUAGACUGUGUACAUGUGAAAUUUUAUGUAUGAGACUCAAAUAAAUGAGCUACGAAGAGAAA